AUGUAAUUUUAUUAAAAUUUAUAUGAUGAAAAUCCUUAUUUUAACAGAUUCUUUUAAGAACACUUUCUUUAUAAGGGAUUCAACAUUUAAUUAAAUGAUUUGCCUCAUAUCAAAACCUAAUUUAAUUUAAUAAAUAAGGAGAAUCUAAAUUUGACUUGGAAACAUAAACAAGUUAAUUAAAAAUUUGUUUAUAUGGCAAACAAUUAAUGUACAAAUACAAUUAUAAAAUCAUAGUCAAAGGAUUAAUAAGUAUAUGAUAUAGUUAUAUUAUUAGUAAAUCCAAUACUAAUUUCAUUUAAUCAAUAGAUCUAAUACAUAUCGGUAUCUUACUUGCUUUAAAAUAUAAUUAUGAAAAGGAUCUAUUAACUUAAUACACAUUCACUCCUUUAAUAAAAAUCAGUUAAAAUAUAGAAACCAACUCAAAUGUAGAUUUUGGAUUGAAAUAUCAUUAUUUGAAUAAAAAAGGAAAUGUUCAUGUCAGAUUGAAUAUAUUUUCAUCUUUGUCAAAUAGAUUAAAUAUAGAAUAUUGUUUAAUAGGCAAUUUUAAGUAACCAUAUAAAUUAUAGAUUGGAUUAUAAAACAGUAGAACAUGA